AUGGGCGAAUAUUCAACACCAUCGUAUGGGGACGCGCCUUACUGGGAUGCACGAUAUGAGAAGGAGGGCCCUGAAAAGACGUUCGAUUGGUACCAACAGUACACAGCCUUGGCUCCCAUAUUUGAUAUUUACAUGGACAAAGCGUCCAAGGUGCUCAUGGUGGGAUGCGGCAAUGCAGUUCUGUCAGAGGAUAUGGUCCAGAAUGGAUACCAAGACAUCUGGAACAUUGACAUCUCCUCGGUAGUGGUGGACUUCAUGAAGAAGAGGAACUCUGAUAUCCCGCAGCUAAAAUAUGACACGAUGAAUGUUUGCUCCAUGGGGUUUGACGAGUCUGCUUUUGAUGUGGUUCUUGACAAAGGGACACUGGAUGCCAUCCUGUGUGGUAACAAUUCAGUGGAAAAUGCAUCUGCGAUGUUAAGUGAAGUCUGCAGAGUGUUGAAACCAGGUGGCAAGUUUCUUCUGAUUACAUACGGUGAUCCGCAAGUACGCUUGUCGCACCUGCGAGUUGACACGCUGAAAUGGACCGUCAAAGUUCAUGCCUUGCCGAGGCCUGGAGCAAGUGCAGAGGUAUGCCCGCCGUGGUCCCUAGUGCCUAUGAAAUUUCGCAGCAACGGCCAAAUGGUCCCAAAUGGCGAAGACUUGGAGGGUGGGAAUGUGCACUAUAUUUAUGUCUGCACCAAGGAUGCUUAG